AUGGUACCACCCAAGAAGCAAAAAACAGCAGCACCUGCCACAUCAGCCACCCCAAACGGUGAUCCAGAAUAUACCAAUGGACGACGCAAGAAGAUUCGAAACUUCAAACUCUUCAACAACCUGCCCAUCGAAGUCCGCUGGCGCAUCUACAAGUACGCAUCUCACCCUCGUCGCGUCAUCCGCGCCAGCUGGAAGACCCUAACAAUCGGCGACCGCUACGUCCAAUGCUACAAACUCGAAUCCGGACCCGUACCCACCGUCCUGCACCUCGACAAGGAAGCCCGCAGCGAAGCUCUAACCAAGUACUUCUACAAAGUCCCCAGCACCAUCUUCAUGAAUUCCUGGCCCCUAAUCAUAAACGAAAGUAAGAAAUUCAUCUACCUCAACGAAGUGGACAUCAUCUACUUCAUCACCUACUGCACGACCACCGGCCUCCUCAGCACCCUCCGGAAACUAGCCAAACACAUCCCCCUCACCAACCUCGUCUUCAAAGCCGACCUAAUGGGCAAAUUCAUCUCGGAAAAAGACCACGCCCUCCCCUCCCUGCCAUCCAGGAAGGGCCUCCCCAACGCCGUCCUCUUCGACCUCAUCAUGGAACACCCCCAUCUCCGCACCAUCGACUUCGUACACGACAAAUCCAAGUUCGACGAGAAUCCCCGUCCGUGGACGUACCAAACCUUUUCCUUCCCUCGGUGCGCGUCGCCCGAGGCGAUCUUUGGUCCCCAUAAGGCGCCGUGGUAUUGGCACACCCUGGCGCAUGUGUGGCGGCUGGUGGAGGAGACAGAUUGUGAUAGCUGGCGGGAUCGGAAGAAGUGGAAGGUGUUUUUGGAGAAGUAUCCUGGGUGGACGCCGCCGAGGUUGGGGUUGCUGGGGAUUAGGAGGUGUGUGAAGGGGGUGAGGGAGAGUUUUCGUCGUUGA